AAAUAACGGCCGCUUUUUCAGGUCGGGCUUCUACUGGAACGGCGUGGCCUUGUUCCCCGACCCCCCGAAAGACGGUGUGUACCCAAACAUGAGUUUGCCCGUCACCAAGGAAACGGUGCACGCUUACGCCAGCACCAUGGUGGAGAACAUCAAGCAGAGGGCCGACUGGUUUCGGACCAAGCACGUUCUGUGGCCAUGGGGCUGUGACAAACAGUUCUACAAUUCGUCCGUGCAGUUCGCCAACAUGGACCCGUUAAUGGACUACAUCAACAAGAACAGUAAGGACUUGGGGGUCACGGUCCGCUAUGCCACACUCGCCGAAUACUUCCGAGCCGUACACGAUGCGGAUCUUGUCUGGGAGGUGCGCGGGAGUGAAGACUUUCUGCCUUAUUCUACCGAGUCCCACCAGGCGUGGACAGGAUUUUACGCCUCUCGGAACAUCCUAAAAGGGGUGGCGCGGCGAGCCAGUGCCCAACUUCAUGCGGCCGAGACUCUCUUCACGCUGUACCGGAUCAACUAUCCGGACGGACCUGUCACAAAAGACUGGGCGCUUGCUAAGCUAAAAGCUCUACGCUGGGCCGUCUCGGAGGUAGAAUAUGGCACCAUGCAAUUGUGUUACUCUUCACACAAAAUAGGGAUAUUCAGAUGAAAUUUCAAGAUGAGCCUGAGAUGUACCGCGACUCUUACAGGCCGCG